CAACCCCAACGUCCGUCUCGUAGGCGCGAAUGGAACUAUAACCGCAGCCAGUUGAAUCGGCAGCAACGAGCGACGACAGACGACGGACGACGGCGCGGCGCUGAUGCGAUGGCGAGAUUGUGCAACUCGAUAAUGUAUGUAUGACUUUAUCGCUUGUUGUUGUGGAUGGUGGUUGUUGGUGAAUGAUAGUCACUCACUAGGCACUAGUGCUCCACUGAACGAGCCGCUUGCCCUACAUCAGUUCGGUCAUCAGUUGCGGUUUGGCGGUAGAACUUCUAAGUUAUUGGUGGGACUAUCUGGAAACGUUUCGAAUCAGUGUUUCGGUGAAAAUGGCCAAGAAUCGGCCAACGGUUCAAAUUAAGCCGGGGAAGAUAAUCGGAUCGAAGGGUACGUUGCCCAAUGGAGCCAGUUGGUAUUGCUACAAGGGAAUCCCUUACGCGGAACCUCCUAUCGGGAAGCUCCGAUUUAGGCCUCCGGUUCCGCUGGAAUGUUUUCGAACUCCGGUGUUGGAUUGCAGCAUGGAGGGCAACGUGAGUCUGAGUAAUAGCUACAUGCCAGCCGAUUGUGUGGGCUCGGAAGAUUGUUUAUUUCUGAACGUGUACACGCCGGUUGCGCCUGAAGAAACCAUAAACAAUUUGCCGGUAAUGAUUUGGAUUCAUGGAGGUGCUUUUUGCAUCGGCAGUGGCAAUUCGUCGCUUUACAAUCCGGAAUUUUUGGUGCAAGAAGGUGUUGUUGUGGUGACCUUCAACUAUCGACUAGGUCCCUUAGGGUUCCUCUGUCUGCCUUCGAUGGAAAUCUACGGCAAUAUGGGUCUCAAAGAUCAACGUUUGGUGCUCAAGUGGGUGCACGACAACAUCCGGCGCUUUGGCGGGGAUCGCUCGAAUGUAACGAUUUUUGGUGAAAGUGCUGGAGCGGCUUCCGUUCACAUACAUUGCAUGAGCGAAGGUUCCAGGCGGUAUUUCAGGCGAGCUAUCUGUCAAUCGGGCGUUGCCACUAGCUCAAUGGUUUUUCAACAGGAAGCAGAAGUCAAAGCGCGGCGGCUGGCUCAACAUUUAGGGUGCAGAGGGAACACGGAUCCGGAAAUUUAUGAAUUCCUUUACCACAUGCCAGCGGAGGAUAUUGCCGCGAAGCAAAAAGGUUCCCUAACAGAACAUGAACAAUCUUUGGACUCCUUAUAUCCGUUUAAACCUGUCAUCGAAGCUCCCGAAUCUCCUGAUCCAAUUCUUUCGGAAAAUGUGAUAGACAUUUUGUCGGAUCCAGAUCGAUUAACUCCCAUCUCGAUGAUACUGGGAGUGAACAGUGAAGAGGCAGCCUACAAAGCCAUGUCGAUUCUCAACAAUUUGGAGCGCUAUCGUAAGGAACCAGUUAGGUUUUUGCCGGAUUCGCUGCAAGUGCCCGAAGAUCUCCAACAGUUGACUGUUCAGAGGAUUCUCAAAUUCUACUGUGAUAGCACCGAACCUUCGGAGGAGAAGGUGCAUGAUCUAACACGGAUUUUCUCCGAUAAUUUCUACGUCAUUCCUGCGCUAAUGGCUUUGGAGUUACACGUUACAUUCCAAAGAUCAUCAAUUUACUUCUAUCGAUUUACGAUGGAAGACCAGCUGAACAAGUACCGGCAGCUGUGGAAGGUUCCGGAUGAGCUGCGGGGAGCUUGUCAUGCCGAUGAUCUUUGUUAUUUGUUUAGUUCUUCACAUUUUUUCACCAGAACGGUUAAAUCCGGAAGCCGGGCGGAUUUGUUGAGGGGCACAAUGUGUAAGUUGUGGACCAACUUUGCUAAAACGGGUAAUCCUACGCCGGAUGGGAGUGGCUUUGGAUUCACCUGGGAGCCCUGCUGUUCACCGGAUGAGAUCGGGAAGUGUUUGCAGCUGGAUGGGGAUGUAAGGAUGGUAGAGAAUCAUUUCCAGGAUAGAUUGGAGUUCUGGCGAAAGCUUUACACAAAAUUUAACGGGUCGUUCUUGCAACCAAAUUUAGGCAAUGAGCUGACGAGUCAACGAGUCCAAAUCCGUGGAAACCCGUCUAAUUCAUCCAACACUGAUGUUAAGAUACAACUGAAGCAGGGCAAGAUUAUUGGAACUACGGAUUCGGUACCGCGAGUUCCUCUCAUGUAUCGAUUUAGCGGCAUACGGUACGCCAAAGCGCCAAUAGGUGAACUGAGAUUCAAACCACCAGUUCCCUUGGAGAAAUUCCAAAACGUACCUUUGGAUUGCCGCAAUGAGCGACAUGUUUGUCCCAGCCCACAGUAUCAGCCGCCGGAAGACGAGGCAACCGCUUCGGAAGAUUGUUUGUUCCUGAAUGUUUACAUGCCAAAAUUACCUACGUCAGGAAAGCUACUUCCGAACGAUGUUGUGGCCGCUACCUUCAACUAUCGGCUGGGACCUCUAGGGUUGGCAUAUCUACCCUCCAAGGGCAUUUACGGAAAUAUGGGGCUGAAGGAUCAACAUACCCUGCAGAGCGCUCCACCUGCCAAAUUGAUAUCAAAUAUCUUCAAAAUUAUACCCGAUGAUGAGAAACGGGCUGGAAUGUUCAGUUCCUUUACUCCAGUAGUUGAACGUUCGGAUGCGGUUGAUCCAUUCAUCAAAGAGGACUUUUUCAAAGCUACCAAAGGCUAUCUUACAGGAAACAUUCCCCUGAUAACGGGCGUUACUAGUAGCGAGGCGCUCUUGGCAGCUUACAACAUUAUGAGAGCCAUUCAGAGUACCGUUAUGAGCUCUGAAAUCAUGGUACACCCCAGUAUUUCUACGUUUUCAAGUUUUGAAAGAGCUCUCAACAAGCACAGGAAAGAAUUCCAUGCUCCAGAGUCGCUCCUGGGAGUUUGCCACGGAGGUGAUCUGCAAAACGUGUUUGAGAAAACAUACAUGGGAACGGAUGCUAAGCCGGGAUCAAACGAGUAUCGUUUCCGUACCAAGUUCUGUAAGUUGUGGACCAACUUCGCCAAACAAGGCAAUCCGACUCCACCCAACGGUGGGUUUUGUCCAACGGAUCCGUUUUCCGCCCAGAUUUUUUCGUCCACAAAGCUGCUUUUCUCUCCUCUACUUGCGAAACGAAUUUCAGACCGCUGCAAUGCUUACUUCUUCCAUUUUCACCAGCAGACUCAGCGAAAUUUUGGAGGGCACGUUCAGGGGCAACCGGUUUAUCCACCCAGGGAGAAUGUAGAGAUUCAACUUAAAAUGGGCAAAAUUAUCGGAACGACGGACUCUUUACAAAAUGGAGCUCCCAUGUACCGAUUCAGCGGAAUACCGUACGCUAAGCCACCAAUUGGAGAACUGAGGUUCAAACCACCUGUGCCAUUGGACAGAUUUCAAAACGCAUCAUUGGAUUGCCGUUAUGAACGACAUGUUUGUCCCAGCCCUCAGUAUCAACCGCCGGAAGAUGAGGCAACGGCUUCCGAAAACUGUUUGUUCCUGAAUGUUUACACUCCAAAACUAUCGACUGGGGGAAAUCUACUUCCGGUUAUGGUGUUCAUACAUGGAGGCGGAUUUAUCGCUGGAAGUGGAAACAAAGCUGUUCUCAAUCCCAAAUAUCUGGUUCAGAACAAUGUGGUGGCCGUUACCUUCAACUAUCGGUUGGGACCUUUAGGCUUCGCCUAUCUACCCUCCAAGGGCAUUUACGGGAAUAUGGGGCUGAAGGAUCAACGUUUGGUGCUUCGAUGGGUUAAGGAAAAUAUCAAAAGCUUUGGUGGGAAUCCGGGUAGUGUUACCUUGUUUGGUGAAAGUGCCGGGGCUGCUUCGGUACAUUUGCAUUACAUAUCCGAUGCAUCGCGGAAAUAUUUUCACAAAGCCAUUUGUAUGUCCGGAGUUUCGUUAAAUCCAUGGGUUUUACCCAGAAAUAUGAAAGAUAAAACAAGGCAACUAGCUAAGCUCAUUGAUGCUCACGCAACGGACGAUCAGAAAGUAAAAGAUGUCCUGAAGAGUGCUUCAUUUAAAAAAAUGAUCUUUAAUCAGUUUAAAGUAAUGACCGAUGAUGAAAAACGCACCUCUAUGUUCAGUCCUUUCACUCCAGUAGUGGAGCCUUCAGAUGCGGAUGAUCCAUUCAUCCAAAAGGACUUUUUCAAAGCUCUCAAGGGCCAUCUCACAGGCAAUAUCCCCUUGAUGUUGGGUGUAACAACUAGCGAGGCCAUGUUGAAAGCAAACGACAUUUUGACUGCCAUCAAGAAUAAUUCUAUGGAUUCGCAACAGCUGGUUCCCAUCGAGUUGGGCCUAUCGGGAGAUCGUUUGAAGGAAGCGGGAAAUGCUAUCCGGAAACAUUUUCUACCAACUGGCAUAACUUCGGAUCAACUUUCGAAAGUUGUCAGCAUUUUUACGGACAAUUUGUUCAGAAAUGGAGCCUAUGUUGCAAGUGAGCUGAUGGCACGAUACCAUCCAGAUGUAUCCCAGUACUUCUACGUUUUCAAGUUCGAGGGAGCCCUCAAUAAAUGGCGCAAAGUGUUCCAGGCUCCAGAAUCGCUUCCGGGAGUUUGUCACGGAGAUGAUCUGCAAAACAUGUUUGGCAACACCCAUUUGGGUACAUAUGCUAGGUCGGAGUCAAGAGAGGAUCUUUUUCGUAAGAAGUUCUGUAAAUUGUGGACAAAUUUUGCUAAACAUGGCAAUCCAACUCCAGCCGAUGGUGGUAUCAAUUUCGUCUGGAAGACGGCGGGUACGAUCCAGAUCGGAAAGUUCAAUAUGAGAUCGGCCGAGUUGAACGAGCAGCUGAAAAUGGCGGGAAACCCGUUUGUUAAGAAUAUCAACUUUUGGCGCGGUUUGUACGAAAAAUUCAAUCAUGACCUUUUAGGUGGAAAGUAAUUAUAUGUUGUAUAAAGUAUAUGAAAAACUUCUUUGUUUGAAAGUGAAUGGAAAGAUA